UGCAGGCGGUUGGACUUGACAACCCUGGGGUCUCUUCCAAUUCUAUGAACUACAUUUCCCAGAAGCCCUUGCGAGUACUAUUGUAAUCAACCCAGCCUUUCCUAGUCAUUGAAGGGUAGGGGCUUUUUCUAGAGGAUUGAGAAGGAAAUUUGGGCAAUAUGGAGUCCCUCAGGGUCCCUUUUCUUUCUGGUUCCCCCCGGCUGGAGGAAGAAUCUGGCUUUUGCCUGUCUGCAGGAGAGAGAUCCCCACUGUCCUUUGAAGAGGUAGCCGUCUUCUUCAUGGAGGGGGAAUGGGCUCUGCUGGAUCCAAGCCAGAGAAAACUCUUCUGGGAAGUUAUGGAGGAAAAUUAUGAGACUGUGGCCUCUCUGGGGAAUUACAUUUCCCAGAAGGCCUUGCUAACACAAGAGAAGUCAACCCUUCCUUUCCUAGGUGUUCAUGGAAUGGUUUUUCCACAAGGCAGAGAAGGAAAUUUAUGGAAUGUGGAGUUCCACAGGACCUCUCCUAUUUCUCAUUUCCCUUGGCUGGAGGGAGAAUUUGGUUCUUGCACCUCUGCAGGAAAGGUGAGUUCAGUAUUUCAUCAACAGCAUGAACAAGAAAGGGGAGAGGAAUCAUAGAGUUGGAAGAAACCCCAAGGGCCAUCAAGUCCAACCCCCUGCAAUGCAGGAACAUACAGUCAAAGCACCGUUGACAGAUGACCAUCC